AUAUCAAAAUAUGGAUCAGCUCCCAAGUUUUAUGCUCGUGCACCAGGACGAGUGAAUUUAAUAGGAUUUUGCUCUCCCUGGAGCUCAGUUUCCUGUAUAUGAAGUAUCCCUAUGCAUUUGAAGACGUUGAGAACACAUAGACUACUGUGGUUAUGCUGUGCUCCCGAUGGCUAUAGAACAAGAUAUCCUGAUUGCAGCAGAACCUGUACAGACUCAAGUUGUGCAACUGGCAAAUACCAAUUCUUCAUACUUCUCAUCUGUCUUGAUAUAAUCCCCAUAAUUGGCAGCAGUUCGGUUUCUCCUGGAGAAGGGAGUGAAAUGUUUUGUAAUCGAUUACUGCAGAGGGAUUUCAGUACUAGUGUUAAUAACAUUCAGAUUAACAAAACCAAACCUCAAUGGCAUAACUACUUCCUGUGUGGACUGAAGGGCAUCCAGGAACAUUUUGGUCUUAAUAACCCAACUGGAAUGAAUUGUCUGCUAGAUGGAACCAUCCCUCCAAGUUCUGGUCUCUCUAGCUCCAGUGCUUUGGUGUGCUGUGCAGGACUCGUGACACUCAGAGCUAAUGGAAAAACCCUCUCUAAGGUGGAACUUGCAGAAAUUUGCACAAAGAGCGAACGUUAUAUUGGCACAGAAGGUGGAGGGAUGGACCAGUCAAUCUCUUUUCUGGCAGAAGAAGGAACUGCCAAGUUGAUAGAGUUCAAUCCACUGAGGGCAACUGAUGUUAGACUUCCAAGUGGAGCAGCGUUUGUUAUUGCAAACAGUUGUGUUGAAAUGAAUAAAGCAGCAACUUCUCAUUACAAUAUUAGGGUAAUGGAGUGUCGGCUGGCUACAAAGCUUCUCUCAAAGUCAAAAGGCUUGGACUGGAAAAAAAUGCUGAGGCUCCAUGAUGUGCAAACCAAGCUAGGAGUUAGCCUAGAGGAAAUGCUGACCAUUGUCGAGGAGGUAUUACAUCCUGAGCCUUACAGCACUGAGGAAAUUUGUAAAUGCCUGGGAAUUAGCCUGGAGGAGCUCCACUCUCAGAUCCUUAGUCAAAACAUUCAAGAUGUCUCCACCUUUAAGUUAUACCAGCGUGCAAAGCACGUGUACAGUGAAGCUGCCAGAGUGCUGGAAUUUCAGAAGAUAUGCAGCAAAGCACCUGCCAAUGCACUCCAGCUGCUGGGAGAAUUAAUGAACCAGAGCCAUAUCAGCUGCAGGGAGAUGUACGAGUGCAGCUGUCCCGAACUGGAUCGGCUGGUCGACAUCUGCCUGCAAUUCGGGGCCAUCGGGUCACGUCUGACUGGAGCUGGAUGGGGUGGCUGCACUGUGUCAAUGGUGCCUACUGACAAGCUGAGCAUGUUCCUAAAAAAUGUAAAAAAAUCUUAUUACCAAACGGAUGGCCAAAGGUUAGCAGGGGAGAAUAACAGUCUGUUUGCUACCAAACCUGGAAGAGGAGCUUUGGUUUUUGUUGAGGCCUAAAGAACGUAAAAAUUUUAAAGAAACUAUGUGGAGCAUUUGGAACUGGCAGUACUUCCCAUGCCACAGUAAAUGAACGCCUCUUCUGGUUUGUAUUGUAAUGAGCAGUUGCUAUUAUCAAAAUGUAUUUCUGAAGAACUAAUUAAAAGAAAACUCUUUGAUUAUAAAAGUCUUAUUUUUUUCCAUACUAAAUAUAUAUUUCAGUAUAAACGUUGAUUUACUAAAAUGUAUUGACAGAAAACUGAAAUUGAAAUAAAGAUGAUACUGUGUUACAGUGGC